UAAGCAGUUUGGGGCUGAUCAGGAGAGGACCAGAAACAGGGAAAUGUGUACUCUAGAGAAGAGGGGCGAUAUCUACAUCCUCACUUUAACUGGCUCAGAUGAGCACCGGUUAAACCCCACCCUCAUUGACUCCAUCCGCUCAGCUCUGCGUCGUGUUCGCGCCGAGCCAGCUUCCCCAUCCUCAGCUCUCGUCACUAUAGCCGAAGGCAGGUUCUUCUCCAAUGGAUUUGAUCUUGCCUGGGCGCAAUCAUCCCAACCACGUCGCGAGCUCAUGUCUGCAAAGCUCCAGUUACUGGUAAAGGAAUUGAUAUCUCUGCCCAUGCCAACAAUAGCUUCAGUCACUGGCCAUGCAUCAGCUGCUGGAAUGAUCUUAGCUCUGAGCCAUGACUAUGUGCUCAUGAGGAAGGACAGGGGGUUUCUUUACAUGAGCGAGCUUGAUAUUGGACUUGUGUUGCCGGAUUGGUUCAUGGUAUUAUUGAAGUGCAAGAUUGGAGAUGCCAGAGUCAGGAGCGAGGUAGUUUUGACAGCCGCAAAAUUGACAGCAGAGAUGGCUGCAGUGAGGGGGAUUGUGCACUCGGCGCAUGACGGUGCAGAGGAGACAGUUGAGGCAGCGAUUAGGUUGGGGCAGGAGUUGGUGAAAAGAGGAUGGGAUGGUAAUGUUUAUGGGAAGAAUAGGAUGGUGGUUUUGAAAGAGGUUCUGGAGAAAAUAGGGACUGUGCCAGGGGAGUCUAAGACCAUGUCAAAACUGUAAUGCAAGGUUGAAGCUAUGGUGGCAAGCUGAGAACCAUGAAUAUUUCCAAAUUAAAUAAUUAGGAAGCGGCAUUGGAAAUCAAUUAGAAGUUAAAAAUGUAACGCUGCUGCUUAUUUUGUAUUUAUUUCUUUUCCAAGUUCUUAUUGCUUGAAACGUCCAUUCUUGUUCCCCACUUCUUGGAAGUUACAACACGCAAAAAUGUUGCCCAUCUAAA